GAAAUAAAGACUGAACAAUUCUCAAAAAAAGUCAUAUAAAAUAUAAAACCCGAUAAAAUGAUUAAGAAUUAAAUAUUAAUUUUUUAUUUUGUAGAAAAUUAAAUAUAAAACACUUGUUCAAAGCUAAAGGAGUUCAGAAACUAACACACAAAAAUGAUCCUAACACGUUAGCAUUAUAAAGUGACGUUUUGCAUAAUUAUAUUUUUAAAUGGACUUGAUUGAAGGUAGGUUGAGAACGCCAUUUUUAUGAACGAAAACAACGAGGGUCUACGAAGCGAGAUGAUUCGAUACAAAUAAAGGCGCACAAUUCAAAAACAAUUCACAUAUAGCCUCCGGUUCCGGUUUUUUGAGGUCGAGAGCACUUUUGCGAUUGGACAGAUUAGUUAGAGUUUGGUCGUUGAACGUUCCACGCCGUGGUUCAUCCUCAAUCGAACAGUGUAUUCAGCAGUUGAAGAAAGUGAACGUAGUAGCCUCAUUCUCUCGGUCAACGGACUCCGCAAGAAUAUCGCGAACGCAAACUAUCCGACGGUACACUCCGCUGCAAAACGAUAUUCACUCUCCGCCCGCUAGACGUAGAAUGAAAUGCCCGCGUCGACGAAUACACGGCAUUCCUAUCUGCUACUCACCGAUUAGUGGCGGCGUUGCCACAUGCUCGCCGCAGGACCAUGAGAAUAUUUCAAUGUUAAUAUCACCGCUACACAUCAGAUUCAUGUCGAGUUUAAAGUUAAUAGUGUGUAUGAUAGCGGCGUUAUAAUAGUCGUUUAACGAGUUUUUGUCGGUUUUAUGACAAAAUAAAGUUAGUUGCAUUAUAACUCAGUUUUUAUAGUGAUUAAAUUUGUGAUUGUUACUGUAUCUAAUGACUAGUGUGCUAAUAACUCCAUAAUCAUAGUGGAUCCAGUUUUUUUAGUGUAGAAGGAUGAUAUACCUCUACUAUAAUGACAUUAAUAUAUAAAUCUAGUAAUCCAGUGUGUUAAUCCAGUCCAGUGCUGUAUUGGAUCAUACAGUCCACAUUAUUCCAGCCCUUCCAACGCUGUAAGAUCGUUAUACACUAUAUGUAGGUGUGCACUAAAAUGACAAUGGUGACGAGAAAGAAGUUUAGAAAUUGUAUUAAAACUGUUAAAUUAUUACUGGUAGAAGAAUUAACCGAAGAACUAAACAGAAUGCAGCGGACUUGGAUGUCAGCUGGAUCUCAGAUACAGAUGGCACCAAAGUCUACAGUCAACACAACUCCACAUAGCCAAGACUCCAAUAUGAGUACAGGUUCCUCUCAUAGUGACAAAGAGGUGGAUCCGAAUACUCCAGAAAAACUACCCAGGACGCCGAGCGAAAGGAAGCGGAAACGGAAAGCGGAAGACAGCGGCGGAGGAGGUGUGGGUGGGCCGCCGUUAGCGAAAGGAGCCGUUCGAAGUCAACAGGCGGACAAGAAGAUCAACGAAUAUUUCAAUAAACAUUCGGGUAACAGUCACAGCCCCAUCAGGGCAACAGUGAAGAGUCCGUCACCUCAACAACCCUAUGCAAUGGUUUCUUUUCAGUUACCUCCUUCACCGCAACAGGUGGGGAUGCCGUCCCCACAAGUCGGUUAUAAUACGGCUUUUGAAUUUUAUAAGCCACCAUUGGGGGUGCCACCUCAAACUAUGGUUCACAAAUUAAUACAGACUGAAUUAACAUGUCAUAGGAUACAAGAGUUCGAAACUCAAGCGUCCUCGGACUUAGAAAUGGCUAAUACUAAAAUAGAAGAAUUAAAACGGGAUAACGAAGAACUGAGGCAUCAAAUUUCGACGCAGCAGAAAUCCAUAGACCAACAUAAACAACAAGUGAAUAAGUGUAUAGAGGUUGUCAAAAAACUGCUCAAAGAAAAAAGUUCGAUAGAGAAAAAGGAAGCUAGGCAGAAGUGUAUGCAAAAUAGGUUAAGGUUAGGACAGUUUGUGACGCAAAGGGUGGGGGCGACGUUCCAGGAAAAUUGGACGGACGGUCACGCAUUCCAGGAACUAGCGAGGCGGCAAGAAGAAAUAACAGCGGAACGGGAGGAGAUAGAUAGGCAGAAAAAAUUGUUGUUAAAGAAGAGGCCUUCGAAUAACGAAAGUGGCCGAAAGAGAAACAAUUCUAGUGCGUUGUUAAACGGAACAGACUCCGGGUUCUUAAAGCCGGACGCGGUACCGGGUUCGCUAACGUUACAGGAGUACUACGAGGCGGACGAGAUCCUGAAGUUACGGCAGAACGCGCUGAAGAAAGAAGACGCUGAUCUCCAGCUCGAGAUGGAGAAAUUGGAGAGGGAGAGGAACCUUCAUAUUAGGGAGUUAAAACGUAUCCACAACGAGGACCAGAGUAGGUUUAAUAAUCACCCGGUGCUCAAUGAUAGGUAUCUACUGCUGAUGCUGUUAGGGAAAGGGGGGUUCAGUGAAGUACAUAAGGCGUUUGAUCUCAAAGAACAGAGGUACGUCGCCUGCAAGGUACAUCAACUCAAUAAGGACUGGAAAGAAGAUAAAAAAGCCAACUAUAUAAAGCAUGCGUUGAGGGAGUACAACAUACAUAAAGCGUUAGAUCACCCACGGGUAGUUAAAUUAUAUGAUGUAUUUGAAAUAGAUGCAAAUUCUUUCUGUACUGUACUAGAAUACUGUGAUGGACAUGAUCUUGACUUUUACCUAAAGCAGCAUAAAACGAUACCUGAAAGGGAGGCGAGAUCGAUCAUAAUGCAGGUCGUGUCGGCCCUGAAGUACCUGAACGAGAUCAAACCUCCUGUGAUUCACUAUGAUCUGAAACCGGGUAAUAUUUUGCUGACUGAGGGUAAUGUCUGUGGUGAGAUCAAGAUCACCGAUUUCGGCCUCAGUAAAGUGAUGGACGAAGAGAAUUACAACCCCGAUCACGGUAUGGAUCUGACGUCACAAGGCGCCGGAACGUACUGGUAUCUCCCACCAGAGUGUUUCGUAGUAGGUAAGAAUCCCCCGAAGAUUUCAUCGAAAGUUGACGUGUGGAGCGUAGGAGUGAUAUUUUAUCAGUGUCUAUAUGGCAAGAAGCCUUUUGGACACAAUCAGUCGCAAGCGACCAUUUUAGAAGAAAAUACUAUAUUAAAAGCGACUGAUGUCCAGUUUGCAAACAAACCGGCUGUUACUAAUGAAGCUAAGAGCUUCAUCCGUAGUUGUCUGGCGUAUAGAAAGGAGGAUCGAAUCGAUGUCCUUUCGCUGGCGAGACACGAAUACCUCCAACCGCCGAUGCCUAAACAUUCGAGAUUAACAUCGAAUCAGCAGCAGCAGCAACAACAGCAGCAACAACAACAAUCGGCAUCGUUUUCAGCGGGUAUAUUUGGAGCAAUGAAUGCCUCGUCAUCCUCUUAGUAGGCCAGACCCCGGGGACGUAUGAACCAAACUUCUACGACCAGAAGGAAAAAAUUGCAGAUCGAAGUUUUAUGAUUAUUGGAUAAUAUCUCUAAAUGGGAAUCGAAAUUCGGCACGGGAAAUGCCAAAGCGAAUCAGUGUUAUCGUUAUGCGAUCAGGAACGUUUUGCUUCCUUUGUUUAAAGCUAAAAAUUUAAAAGAACUGCCCUUGAAAGUUAAAGAUUUCCUAAAGAAUCACAUAACCUAAUAUUUACUAUAGGUUGUUAAUUUGUUAUAUAAGUUUACAAACACGGUUUUAAGUGUUUAUGGCACAAACGCAAGGUUCCACCAGUGACGAAUUUUUACUAUUUAGAUUCAUGGUAGCCAAAGAACUUCAGUUUUGAUUUUUACAUUGGUUCAAAAGUCCCUCGGAUCUGGCCUAUAGUGCAGUGCUGUGUUUAAUAUAAGUUAAAACAAGAGACUUCUACUCAAAAAAGCUAGUGUUAAUAUGAAUUCUUCUUUAUUCGAAGAAAAAAGACUACGUGACCUAUCUUUUUUUCAAAUUAGACUGAUUAUUUUUUGUUUUGUUGAGUGAGGACGUUGUGAAGAUAGUAUUUAAAAUGACACGUUACAGUGCGGAUUCAAGUUUUUAAAUCUCUUCUCUCGAUGCUUAUAUGGCUUCCCCUUUUGUCAAAUAGUUGACACAAAAAUUGGGCGCAACUUAGAAUGUUUUACUUUUUUUUUCAUUUUUUUUGGACUGAUAUUUUUCACGACAAUAGACGACUCAUUGUUAUUUGUAUAAUAUUGUGGAACUAGCGUGUUGAUAUACAGCACGACCAAAUUUACUUUGUAUUUGAGAUGUGGAUACUGUCGUUGACUUUCAGUUUUUCCAUAUUUCCUGAAUUUUAUUUUGGUACCGUGCAGGUAUUACUUGGCGAGACGUUACCAGCAUAACAUUAAAAAAUUUGGAAAAAUAGAACGUCAACACCAGUGCGCAUUCAUAUCUCGAAUUUGAAGUGAAUUUGGUCGUGUUGUACUUUUAUAAUUUUUAAUGUAUCAGCAUACUAAUCGGAAUAAUGUAUAAGUAUAUAUAGUUGAAUAGUGAUUGUGAUAUUGCAUUCAAAUAAAAUAUAAUUCCUUUUCUUAAGAGUAAAUUUUUUUAAAAACAACUAACAUAAAUAUUAAAAUGGUCGUUUAAAAACGGUUGAACAUUUGUUACUGUUUUGGUCCUAUUUAACUGACAAAAUAGUCAUUGUGUUACAUAUAAAGUCCCUGCUCAUAUUAUUAGACUCUCUUAGCAAAUUCUGGUUUUCUUUGUUUCAUUAUCAAUUAUAAUUAUUACUGUUAGCUACAUAUAACAGGAUUACAUAAAUGAUAGUAUCAACCUUUUUGUAUAUUUAUUGAACUUUUUUUUGUAUAUUUAUUGAACAAAAAAAAAUAAAUUCAUAAUUUUACUACAAUAUUAAUGUAUGAAAAAGAAAAGAAAAUAAUCGUUUUCGUUUUGAUUCAAUUCCAGUCUCUUGGCAUUCUCUGACACCGUGUUUCGGGGUCUUCCCUUUUUCAAAGAAGCUUUCCAAGGAGACUGAAUUGAACAUUGAACCAUGACGAAACGAAGAAGAACUGCAUGUAUUAAAAUAUUUGCAGCGGAGUGUGGUUAGACUGUCCUCUAACGGGGAAUGACGAAAUGAGUGAAAAUAAUUUGGACCAUGAGUCGGUAUUCUGUUAACCAAGAUCCAAUAGUACCAAGCGGCGCCGCUAGGAGAACACUCCAAUAAUGCGUCUCAGAUUACUUUAAUGAAACGUGGUCAUUUUGUACUCUAAACCGAGUAAGGUAUGAAAAAGAAAAGAAAAUAAUCGUUUUCGUUUUGAUUCAAUUCGAGUCUCUUGGCAUCCUCUGACACCGUGUUUCGGGGUCUACCCUUUUUCAAAGAGGCUUUCCAAGGAGACUGAAUUGAACCAUAACGAAAGUUCUCCUAGCGGCCCUAGUUAUUGGAGUGUUCUCCUAGCGGCACCGCUUAGUACUAUUGUAUCUCGGUUAACAGAAUACUGACUCGUGGUCGAAAUUAUUUUCACUCAUUUCGUCAUUCCCCAUUAGAGGACAGUCUAACCACACUCCGCUGCAAAUAUUUUAAUAUAUGCAGUUCUUCUUCGUUUCGUUAUGGUUCAAUUCAGUCUCCUUGGAAAGCCUCUUUGAAAAAGGGUAGACCCCGAAACACGGUGUCAGAGGAUGCCAAGAGACUCGAAUUGAAUCAAAACGAAAACGAUUAUUUUCUUUUCUUUUUCAUACCUUACUCGAAUUAGAGUACAAAAUGACCACGUUUCAUUAAAGUACUGAGACGCAUUAUUGGAGUGUUCUCCUAGCGGCGCCGCUUUUGAAUCAAAACGAAAACGAUUAUUUUCUUUUCUUUUUCAUACCUUACUCGAAUUAGAGUACAAAAUGACCACGUUUCAUUAAAGUACUGAGACGCAUUAUUGGAGUGUUCUCCUAGCGGCGCCGCUUGGUACUAUUGUAUCUCAGUUAACAGAAUACUGACUCGUGGUCGAAAUUAUUUUCACUCAUUUCGUCAUUCCCCAUUAGAGGACAGUCUAACCACACUCCGCUGCAAAUAUUUUAAUAUAUGCAGUUCUUCUUCGUUUCGUUAUGGUUCAAUUCAGUCUCCUUGGAAAGCCUCUUUGAAAAAGGCUAGACCCCGAAACACGGUGUCAGAGGAUGCCAAGAGACUCGAAUUGAAUCAAAACGAAAACGAUUAUUUUCUUUUCUUUUACAAUAUUAAUAUUUACACUAAAAUAUUGAAUGUUUGAUAUUAAAAUAUCUUGCUGUUAUUUUUUCCUAAAUGUCCAUUAGAAAAUGAAAAUGAGGAGAAUGAUUAUAUCAACUAAACCUUGUUUUUUAUUACUUCCUCGGCCAAUUUCUUUUUUAGGCACUAAGAACAGACAUUUAUCAAUGGGGCUUGUGUCUGGUAAUUUGCCGGGCCAUGGUUAUAGAGGGAUUACUUGCCCUAUUUCUUAUUGCUUUUAGCCGUAUGGUAAGGUGCUUCAUCCUGCAUAAAAAUCUUGCGACCAUUGCCAAACCACUUGUGGAACCACCUUGUCUGCAAAACUCUUUUAUACUGUUCCUGUCGCAUAGUUCCUCCUACCACGUAUGAACUCCUGAACACUAUGGUUUCUUGGCCACUCAUUCCAAGACCAGAUCAUUACUAAGGGGUGAAAUUUAAUUUAAUUUAAAUGUUUUUAUUACACAUCCCUUAUCAUUUAUUUCAUCUGGACGUCCUCGGACAAAUUUGGCUCACAAUUUGAAAUGUUGCUUAAUCAUUCAAACAUACCUGCAAAAGUGAAUAAAAAUUAUUAUUAUAAGGUCUGAAAACAAAGUGAUUUAUAUUAGAUCACUUUUUGAUAAUCAUCAAUAGUUCAGGUUUUAUGCAAGUUGGCCCAAACUGAGCGUUUGUUCAAUAUUUGUGGUGUUAGUUUUGGCUUCUUAACAGGCCUUCUACAUUUGAACCCCAUAUUCAGUCAGUAUUUCCGAUUUUAAUCUUACAUUCUUCUUUGUAAAAAUUGUUUUCUUCUUGCUUUAUUUCCAUUUUACUGAUUUAAGAAAAUAUCACUUUCAUAGCACAUAAUAAUAUAUUAUUAAUAUGAAAAUAGUAGUAAAUUAACCAAAAUAAUACAAUUCUCAAACAUAACCUCAAAAAAUUGACGACAGAAAAUCAGACGUCGAUCCCGACCAAUCAUAGCAAACGUAUCCGAUCCGCUGUUGUCAGAUGCGCACGGUGAAUAGAAUUUUGGACGUCUUCCCGCAUCUUUGGAAAAAUGGAACAAAUUUUUCGACGAGUGAGCUUACUGAUUCCUCCUAUAUUGUGCUUUGGUCUUUGCUGUCAGAAUAGGGUUAGGUCGUGCUCAUUUGUUAUUUAUGUAUCGUACAAAUUUCUGCGUACAGUAGCCUCCGAUACUGAAAACUGCGCUUCUUCCAGUUUAUUCCUUAAAUCUCUAUGGCUGGCUCAUGUAUGUUUUAUUGCUAAAUUUGACGUUUCUAUUUAACUUUAUGACUCAACCUUCGAACAGACCAUCAAGAUACACCAAACUUUUUGCGACUUCUAUUUAUGUGGCACUUUCUACUAGAGCAGUAAUGGAAGAGAUUUGCUCAACAGAAAGAUCUUUACAUUAAUCCAUCUGAAAAAAAAAUAGAUUAAUUGUCUUGUUUUAUGAUUAGAAAUUAACCAAAUUUCAAACUAACAUACAAUAUCAACACUCACUACUGCAAAUUUUACAAAGGUUGAACAAUCGCUAAUUUUGAGUAAAAAACUAAAGUUGAAAAAAUCAACUUACUGCAUACUUUUGUAACAUGUGUGGCACAUGGGGCUUUUCAUCGAUUGUCAUUUGUUUUGAGUUUCUAUCCUAUGUUGUAUAAUCUGUGUAUAAUAUUAAUAGGGCUUUUUAUUCACAGUCAUUUGUUUCGAGCUUCUGUCAUGUCACAUAAUAUUAAUAUAUCUACGUCAUACGUUUUUGGUAUAUACCAAGAUACAAACCAAAGACGCAUGACGUAGAUAUAUUAAUAUUAUGUGACACAUGACAGAAGCUUGAAACAAAUGACUGUGAAUGAAAAGCUCUAUAUACACGGAUUAUACGACAUAUGACAGAAGCUCGAAACAAAUGACUGUGAAUGAAAAGCCCUAUUGUCAAGUACAAUUGUAAAGUCCUUUUCAUGAGCAUUUUUCAGUGAGUCACAGUUUUUCGAUUUCUUUCUAACGCAUUAAAUUGUAUGUGACAGAAAAAAAGGCACAUCUCUGAUUACAGACAUUUAUAUCAUUUAUUUUAGUUAUUCAAGUUGUCGAUAGAUGGCGCUAUAAUCGAAGAAAAAAUUAUUUACGAAUUAUAUAAUAUAUCUACGAAUAUAAUCUGUACAAUUUAAUUGACUAUAUAAAUCAAAGAAAAUACCACUUUAUAAAUGCAAUAAACACAAUUGAUUUGUUUUUAUGUCUAAUUGUAAAUAAAUCGUGACAGCUGUCAGAUUUAACUAAAAUGUCAUGUUAGAAUAAAUGUCAUAAAUGUGUAUUAUCACGGACUUACCUUUUUUUCUAUCAUUUGUGACGCACUGAAAAAUGCUCAUGAAAAGGACUCUAUUAACAAUUCAAUUAAAAAGUUCCACCAUUUUUAUCUAAAUUAUGUUGCAUGAGUAUUCACUAAUUGUUAUGCAACCCAUUCAACAGCUCUGUAUCAAUGUGAAGAUACUUUCCAGGUGCUUGAAAUUAAAAAAACCUUAAAUUUCUAGGGCGAAUUUAAUAAUUUGAGCAGGGUCUGUAAUGUAAUUAAAGCUAGUCAAAAGCAUCUUUUAAUUACGUAUUUCUUUAUAAUUAAUACCUUGCAUUAAGCAUGUUUUUUGUUUGUUUUGACACUAAGACGUAAGAUGUGUUAUUUUUAUCGCAAACAGAUUAAUUCUGUACAGUUUUCCAAAAACUGCUUCAAAUAUCAUAUUUGCAUAUGGUUUAUACUAUGAUGCUUUAGUUUCUUUGAUCGAUUUUUCCCAAACCUUAAAAGUUUUCUGCCAGUAAAGUUAACGAAAUUUUUAAAUUUCUUUUGCAAUUUGUUCUUUUAUUCUAGUAAGUUUUUCUUAUUUCAUAUUUCAGAAGUUGGAGAACGAUAUCUUCUAGGUUUUAGUGUUCAAUUUUUUAUAAAUAUUUUGUGUUUUUCAUGAUUUAAAUUAACGUUAACGAUUCUUACGUAUUUUCGGGAUUUUUCUUUAAUAUACCAGGGCGCAUCUGUAAAAAUAUUAGUACAUUUGGAUGUUGAGAGGUGACUCAUAUUUUUUUGAUGAAAUUGCUUGAAAAUAACUCAUAUAAUAAUAGUUGAGUUAUCCUCCCACUCAAAAAGGUCCGGAACAUUGUUUAAAUAAUCAAAAUAUCAAAAAAUUAAGGAAAAAUUCAAUGUUUUUCUUCGUUUUUUGAUUAUAACUUUAAAAGUAUUCAUUUUCGAGAAAAGUUGCACUGACAUAAAAGUUGCGUAAUUAAAUUUCCUAAAAUUUAGGAUUAGUUAAAACUUUUAAAAAUUGUCACUCUUGUUGCAAAAUAGCAAUAAUAGCGAAAAAAACAUAAAAAAAACAAGUAUUCGCGUUUUAUGUUUUUCAACCAUUUAUACUACACUUAGGACCUUCGUAUUUUACCCAGAAAAACUAUAUGAUAUAGUUAAACAAUACUGUAAAUUUCAUUAAGAUCGGUUUAAUAGGUUUUGCAAAAUAAAUUUUGCAAUCCAGCUGUCGCAAAAAAAUUCAUUUUUUCAAAAUGUUGCAGGACUGAAAAUAAAGCAGACAGCAAGUUGAAACUUUUUUUACAUAUAGAAGAAUACUGUAUCUUUUAUUUUCAAUUUGCAAAAUUAAAAUCGGUUAACUACCACGGUGUCAGGAUUUUUUUAAUAAACAUUAAUUUUUGGUGAUACGCGCAGGACAGCGGAUACGUUUGCUCUGAUUGAGCAUUCCAAUGACCUUUGAUAAUGAUUGAUAAAUUUUAAUUUUUAGUACAUUUCGAUAUAAAUAAAUAAAUUUGUUUAUUACAAAAUAAAAACACAUACUCUGUCCUUUGAAAUAACACGUUUUUUAGCAAAAAUUUUCGUUGUUCAUAUAUUCUAACUUAGAGAAUAAAAGUUUAUUAUUUUCAAAACAUAUGCAAUUGUUUAAACAAUAUUUCACAAACAAUAAUCAAAUUAGUUUAAUUUUUGUGGAAUUGAAAUAUUAAAAUACAACAAAAUAUAGAGUAAAAAAAUAAUAUAUUAGAUAAAGAUUGGAAGAAAUUUUUGUGGAAAUCAACUUGUGUGAAUCGAACACCGCUAUCCUGCGCGUAGCACCAAAAAUUAAUGUUUAUUAAAAAAAAAAUCCCGACGCCGUGGUAGUUAACCGAUUUUAAUUUUGCAAAUUGCAAAUGAAAGAUACAGUAUUCUUCUAUACGUAAACAAGUUUCAACUUGCUAUCUGCUUUAUUUUCAGUCCUUCAACAUUUUGAAAAAAUUAAUUUUUUUUGCGAAAACUUGAUUGCAAGAUUUAUUUUGCAAAAUCUAUUAAACCGAUCUUGAUGAAAUUUACAGUAUUGUUUUAUUAUCAUUAUUGUAUACAGUAUCAUAUAUUUUUUCUGGGUAAAAUAUGAAGGUUCUAGGUGUAGCAUAAAUGGUUGAAAAACGUAAAAUGCGAAUACUUGUUUUUUUAUGGUUUUUUCGCAGUUAUUGCUAUUUUGCAACAAGGGUGACAAUUUUUAAAAUUUUUAACCAACCCUAUAUUAUAGUAAAUUUAAUUACGCAACUUUUAUGUCAGUGCAACUUUUCUCGGAAGUGAAUACAUACUUUUAAAGUUAUAAUCAAAAAACGAAGAAAAAAAUCGAAUUUUUCUUUCAUUUUUUGACAUUUUGAUUAUUUAAACCAUGUUCCGGACCUUUUUGAGUCGGAGGAUAACUCAAUUAUUAUUAUUUGAGUUAAUUCCAAGCAAUAUCUGCAAAAAAAUAUGAGUCACCUCUCAACGUCCAUCUCAAAACAGAUGCGCCCUGGACUAUAAGGUAAAAGUGCCUUUUUUAAAUAAUAGUCAUUAAUCAUGUAUCCUAUCAGUGUGUUGGGCAAAACGUAUGAGAAAAGAGCGAAAACAAAAGAUUUUAUAAUUGGUGUAAAACUAAAAAAAGUGGAUAUUUUGGAAUAUUCAGAUAAUCUAUGUAGUUUACCGCCAGGUUUCUUCAAGGUAAUGUUUUCUGCCUCAAUUAAUUUCAGUUGGUAGCAACUCAAUCUUGUAUCUCUAUUUUUUGCAAUAUUUAAAAAUAAUAAAACAAUUGGUUCAGCUCGAUGGCCCAACGAUCUGGCAGACUAAGUUCCAAGUGAAUCAAUAGUUUACUAUAUUGAGUUUCACACGUUAGAAUCAGUGUGCUUGUAUAUUGCAAGCGGGUUUGCCAUAUUUCGCCCAUUCUGCGAAUUAUCAUAAAUAAAUCCUGAUUUUGUAUUCCCCAGCAGUUAACAGCGAUAAUCCUCCACACGUACCUGCCUAAUACUACCUUUCACGGCCGCUGCCUUGAAGAGCGGCAACGUUGUCAAGAAAAUUCUCAUUUAGUUUGUAUGGCCCUAUCCUUCGUACACCGCAUCGCAUGUCGGAAAUGCGCUGUAGGUUCAUGUUUAGCCAAAAAAAUAUUUCGGGCGUAGCAAUACAUCCACUUCCACUUCGUUUUUUUGGCUUGCAUACAAGUGCAUCUGCCAGCACAUUUCUUUCGUGUUGCAGUUAGUCUUGCUCUUAGCAAUUCUGCAGCACUUCUCUCUAAAAAAACGAGAAGUCAUCGAUUGACGUGACGCCUCCUUUAUUUUGUUUCGUGAUUUGGAUUUAUGAUGUAACCACUGAACUCGCUUUUUUUUACAUUACAUGAUAAGUGAUAAGGUUAUGUAACGGAUUUUAGUAUUUUAUUUCCUGUUUCUUUAUUCCUAAAGAUUAUUAUUAUUUAUUGCUUUAUUUAGCAAUAUACAUAUUAUAAUCCAAAAUAUCUGCGGCUGUCAAUUCGAAUUAAAGAGGGAAUUGACUUGGCUGUUGAAUGUGUAGUAUGUAGUCUCGCGACUUAGUGAUAUUCAUUCAAUGAUCUCUACAGAAAGAUGCCAAGAUGCUAGAAAACAAACAUAUUAUAAAUAAAGCAAUUGAAUAAAAUUACCUGGCAUUAAUCCUAAGUCAAUUUCCUCCGCAUUUACUACAUCACAGUUUUGAUUACUUCCAGUUUGUAACCUAUAAUCGUCUUUUUCUUCGCUUGGUCAGGUUCCUUAGUUUCACAAUUUUGGUGCUCUAAUACUCCUUUUGCUAAACAACACUAUUUCGUCGUCUUUGUAUAUAAUUGUUUUCUUGUUAGCUUAUUAUGGUCCUUAGAUUGUAAACCGCGACAGUAUGGUAGUCUUAGUACGAGUAAACAUUUUAAAACAUUGUAAAAUAUUUGUUAAAAAAAAUGGCUAACUUUAUGAAAAGGUCUAUAAUUGCUUAAACUUAGUUUUUGAAUAUUUCAUAAAUUGUGUACUUUUACUAAAAAAUAACUACGUUGUUAUAAACAUUCCAUACUUUGAAUGCAGUGUUCAAAUUCUUUAUACAGAAAUAAAAGUUAAGUUUAUUUUCGGUUAUCGUUAAAUUGUGUUCCCUUUUUUGUGUCAACGAUUUAACUGCUGUCCAAUUACUUGAAGAAUAAGUGCAAACUCAUAGUCAUAUGUUUCCUUUUAUAUAUAUAAGAAAACUAUAUAUAUAUAUAGAAAAUUGUUUAAGUUAUUUUAUGAAAGUGACCUUGCUUUGUACCAUAGUGUGUUUGGUUCGCAUUCCCCCCAUCCUCAUUGUGUCUCCUUCCUUCCUUUACUACCCCAAUCUCUCAUUAUUCAUAAUAAUAGUGUAAUGUGUACAGAAAGAAAAAAACAACCUAUGUUUGCCUGUUAUUCAAAUCUAAGAUUUGUUUUAUUCUGGAAGAUUGCGGAGCCUUUUCAAAAGUUGCUACAUUAUUUCUACUAAGGACUGUUUUAAGUCCGAAGAAUUGUAAUAAACCUUGUAAACCUUUAUUAUAUUUGUUUAAAAUAUAUGUUAUAUACCAAACACAUUUUUAUUUCACUAAAACACAUCUUAAUGGCUAAAUAUGAGAUUAGAUUUACACAAUCCACAUGGAAAUGAAUUUACUAUAGUCGACUGUAAACCAUAAAUCAAAAUAUAAAAGGUAUAUUAAAAAUACCCUUUCGGUCUACACCACACAACGUUUUCGGAUAGACAGUUCCAUCAUCAGUGCUGUUUACAAGGUAUACAUGGUUGAGCCACUAAAAAUAUCUGGGUAAAAACCCUUUAAAUGGUGUAAAGUUAAUAUGUUACAUUGUUACAUCAUGGCAACGCAGUACUCCCAACUAUGUGGGUUGCUGGACUUGAGGUAAACCUCUAUAGAAUAUAAUAGAAGAGAAAUAUGCUUUAUUGUCACUGAAAAUAUUACAAUCUUAUGGACAAAGCUUACAUACAGUCAAAAAAUAACAAUAACAAAUACAAUUUACUAAAAUUAGAUAAAUCUAUGAAGAAAGCAUCUCAUGAUGUAAAAUCAAGUAAAAGUUCAAACAUCACAAUAUAUACAACAAUGUAACGUAAUAACUUUCCACCUUCGUUCCAGCUUUUCCUGUAUGCCUUGUAAGCAUCACUGAUGAUGGUAUUGUCAUUCCAAAAACGUCAUAUGAUGUAGCCCGAAUUGGUAUUUUAAUACAUAUACCUUUUAUAAAGGAUUUUUUAAUCAAUUUUCCAUUAGAUUUAUACUUGAAACUGACAGGAAUAAUUUUUUUUUCAAAUUAAUUGUGGAACCGAAAAGCUGCAGAAAAUUCGAAAUUUCAAGCAAUAUAUAAUUUUUAUACAUAAGAACACGGAUACCAACAUUAACCUGUAGAACAUUUGUAGCAGUGUACAUAAAAAUCAAUAAUUUCUGUUUCUUUUAAUCGUUAAUCAAAAAUAUGUCAACUAUUAUUAAGAAAAAGCUCCUUUAUCUUGUAUAAUGAGACAGAUCGUUUUUACUAGAUAUGGCUUGUUGGAUAUGAACUCAUUUUUUGUUUGGGUUUGAUAUUCACAGAAAUUUAGCAGCUUUGAGACGUUCGCAAUUGAUUUUGCAUCAAUUUGUUAUUUUUGUUGACUGUAGGGUUUAAUUUAGUCGUUAUGUUUUUUACAAAAUUCUUUGGGAGUUUAUAUACUACAAUAUUAAAUACUAAUGAAGUGUCCCCAAAAUUUAUUUUAUGAAAAUGUAGGGAGCCUAAAAUAUAAUAUUUUGCAACUUCUUCACAAGAUUUUUUAAUUGUGGAUGUUCCGGCAUUUGUUUGUAUCACCUUUUUUUUCCUUUCUGGGAGCCAUCCGUGCUUGCAGCCUUUUGGCUUAUUGUGCUUUCUUCCGUUUGUUCUCAUGUCGCCCAAUCCAAUAUAGUAGUGCCCUUCACUAGCCUGUAAAUGUCCAUUGGGUUAGUGCCAUAUCACAGCAUAAUAAACGAUACCAGCAAGGACACACUAGGAUGCCGCCUUUGAAGUUAAAAAGUACGUAGCCGACAUUGAUCGAGUAGUACAUCUCAGUGGUGAUGUGAUGUGCUCGUUCAUCAGUGUUAUGUGUUCUGCAUUGCUGCAGUAUCAGUUAUUGCACUAUCUUUAUUACCCGUAAGAGUGUCGUUUUAAAUAUUUUCUGGAAUUUCUGCAAAAGAUUAACAAUACAAUCGCCAUUCAUCUUCAAUAUUUUGUGUUAUGUCCCAAUUAUUGACAUAAUUCCCACAGGCAUACGUAUACAAUUAUGUUAAAAAAUAUUUAUUAUCAGAAUGUCAUAAAAGUUAAGUAAAUCUGAUAAUUAUGUACAAAUCGGCAACACUGUCCAUUUUCUACACUGUCUGGUACUACGCGAAUAAUGGCCGAUGAUCUGCGCAGUAAUAGUGCGCGAACUUUUCCCGCCUUCUAGUGUGUCACUGCUGUUGCGUUUUCUAUGCUGUGGUCAUAUGCUUUCGGACUUGAUCUGCAGUCUCCAUAUAUUGUUUGUCUCUUGCGAUCCAGUGCUUUGCAGUUGCACAAUAUGUUUGACUGUCUCAGUCUCUCUAUUGUAUAGUCUGCAACUGAGAUCUCCAUUGUAUUGUCCUAUCAUGUGUAGGUGUCCUUUUAUUGGAAACUGUCCAGUAGGGAAACCUGUAGUCAUUUUGAGCUGAUUCCUGUUCAUUUUGCACAGUUAUUCAGCUCUUUGCGCAUGUCGUGAGGUACAAAUCUCUUCCCAUGCUUUUGUGUGGAAUUGUUAUCCAGUAUUCUUUGUGUUGUCUCCGUAUCCAGCCUCUUAAUCGGUCUCUGAUUGUGCUUUUGGGCACGCCCAGUGCAGGUUCUGGACCGAAGUAUCUUGUCGCUGGUCCUUGUCUAGCAAGUUCGUCAGCUUUCUCAUUGCCAGCGAUCCCUUGAUGUCCAGGCACCCAUAUGAGUUUAACCGCGUUAUGUUCCGCAGGGUGUCGAGUUCUUCGCGGCAUUCCCAUACAAGCCUGGAUGUUAUCCUUGGGUUCUUUAAAGCCCUCAAUCUGUACAGAGGUACAUGCUCCUAGUGGGAUGGAACUGUUAUAGUCCUUAUCUUCACUAUGUACUCCUGAUUCCGACCAAUCUUUUGUCUUGAACCCAUCUGUAUACCAGGUGUGGCCUUCAUACAUUGGAUGUCUGCCAGGAUCUCCCUAUACCUUCCUGGAAGUGUAUUUCUACGUGGAAAAGCAUUUCCAUUUUAUAUUUAGGGACUGCUAGCUCUGAAUAACGAUGUAGUCGAUUUUGCUUUAGAUUUUUUAGCCAUGAUAUUCUUCUAGCAGGACUACGUUUACCUUGGAUCUUUCCCUGAAUGAUCAAAUGUAAAAGAUGAUAUUUUUCAGGUUGAAAUAGAUACCUUUCACAGAAACCUUAUGGGAAAUGGCUCUCUGGCAAAUGGUCUGAAACUUUGGGUUCUGGUAGUGCUUGAUGUUUAGAACAAUAGACUCAAUGGGCGCAUAGCUCCAAAAAAUCAUGGUUUUAAGAUAUAAGCCUCUGAAGUUAUAGGUACAGUGAGGACGUGUGAGUUGGAAUAAAUUCAUUUUCUCGAGAAUGGGCGACUCUGGAGAUAAAUUACAAAUCAGGUCGAUUUUUAUUUUUACAUUAUAAUUUUUUGGCAUAUAUAUCAUACUAGUGACGUCAUCCAUUUGGGCGUUAUGGCGCAAUCGAUGAUUUUUUUAAAUGAGAAUAGGGGUCGUGUGAUAGCUCAUUUGAAAGUUAUUAAAUUAUCUAUUCAAUAAUAUAAAUAUUAACAAUAUUAUUUAUACAGGGUGCCCAAAUUUUUUUUUUAAUUAAAUUAAUUGAGACAAAAAGAAUAAUGUAUAUAAUUUAUUUAAUUCGAAAUAUAUUUUACUGUUGUCCGAAACCAGGAAAAAAUAUUUAUUUGAUAAAUACAUAUUGUUUUUCGCUUAAAUUCAAUAUUAAAGUUGCACCCACCUGCCUCUUAGCAGUUUGAACAUUGAGUUUAAGUGAGAGGGGUCGUAUGAUAGCUUAUUUGAAAGGUUAUUUAAUUCUCUAUUCACUAAUAUAAACAUGAACAUAAUUAUUUAUACAGGGUGCCCAAUUUUUUUUUUGAAUUAAAUUAAUUGAGACAAAGAGAAGAAUGUAUAUAAUUUAUUUAAUUCGAAAUACAUUUUACUGCUGUCAGAAAACAGAAAAAAAUUAACAUUGCUUUUCGUUUAAAUUAAAUGUUCAAACUGCUAAGAGGCAUGUGGGUGCAGCUUUAAUAUUGAAUUUAAGCGAAAAUCAAUAUUUAUUUAUCAAAUAAACAUUUUUUCCUGGUUUCGGACAACAGUAAAAGGUAUUUCGAAUUAAAUAAAUUAUAUACAUUAUUAUUUUUGUCUCAAUUAAUUUAAUUAAAAAAAAUUUUUUGGGCACCCUAUAUAAAUAAUUAUUUUAACGUUUAUAUUAUUGAAUAUAGAAUUGAAUAACCUUUCAAAUGAGCUAUCACACGACCCCUAUUCUUAUUUAAAAAAAUCAUUGAUUGCGCCAUCACGCCCAGAUGGAUGACGUCACUAGUAUGAUAUAAAUGCCAAAAAAUUGUAAUUUAAAAAUAAAAAUCGACCUGAUUUUUAAUUCUCCAGAUAAUAAGUCUCUUAUAAUCUCCAGAGUCGCCCAUUCUCGAGAAAAUGAAUUUAUUCCAACUCAAACGUCCUCACUGUACCUAUAACUAUAUCUUCAGACACUUAUAUCUUAAAACCAUGAUUUUUUGGAGCUAUGCGCCCAUUGAGUCUUUUGUUCUACACAUCAAGGACUACCAGAACCCAAAGUUUCAGAGCCUUUGACAGAGAGCCAUUUCCCAUAAGGUUUCUGCGGGGUCCUUUGUCUUAGAUUUCCAGUCUUUAUUCCUUUACCUGUGUCAUUCAUGCUUUAUUUCCAUGAAAAACUGUUGAUUUUUCAACUUAUACAGAUGCACUUUCGUCUUCUAUAAUAACUAUUCAGAUGUCAUUAGAUUUUUUGGAAGUGUUGCCUUCCUAUUAACUUUCAGUGUCCUUACAUCUACAUAUUCUUUUCGUCAGAUUUCUCCAUUAUAAGCACAUACAAAUGUGGCGGUACUUGCUGGUUUCAUUUUAAACGCUCUGCCAUCUCCUAAUUCUGGUCCGAUUUGAUUGCUUUUCCGUUCUUCUUAAGAUGCCUAUCCGUUCCGGGUGUUAGCGAUCAGCAUGGUUAUCCUAACUUUGCUUGUUGCUAUUCGGAAUAGUCCUAUUGCUGAUGUAUUAAACCACUUUCUAAGGUUUUGAAGCCAAGAUACUUCAUCUCCUGGUAUUUUCGUUAUGUACACCCAAUUACGUACUGCGAUUUUUUGCCGUUUAUCCUCAAGUUAACUUUUUUUGCAUCUUCUCCCAAUCUGAAGUUUCUCAUUUAGUUUACUUUCCUCUGUAGUGACCAGUUCAGCAUCGUCUGCAUAUCCUAAUAAUCGAUGACUUUUAUUUCUUAAAGUGCUCUUUCCAUUAAAUUAGCUCUUCCUAAUUAUUCAUCCCAAAACCAGGUUAAACAGGACUGUCAAGAGUGGACCACUAACUAUUAUACUUUCUGCAUACUCCUUUAAUCAUUUAAUAUAUUUCGUCACUUUCUGAUUCUCGACUUCAGUAAUACCGUGUCUCUGUAGUUUUUCAUAAGUUUGCUUUCAAACAUAUAAAAGACUUUGUCUUUCUCUUAACUUGUCCAAUGUAUUGGGUGAAUGGUUUGGUUAUUCUCAUCUUGUGAUAAAAGUUGGUUACUUCAUGUGUUUACCUUGUAAACAAGAUCGUUUAUUAUCCAGCAAUGAAGAUAUUCAAACUUGAAUUUUCUAUGUGUUGGAAUACUAAUUUAAAAUACUUGAUAUUAUCAUUACCUUUGUUUUUCUGAAUUCACUCUUAGCAACCUCUAAGACUUUUUGUACCAAAGCCACGUCUUUUAUUACUGUGGCUUCUAUUUAAAAAUGAGCUUUACAAAAAUUCUUUGUAUAUUUGCAAUUUUUUAAAUAUUUUUUCCAAUUUUUCCAGUUUCAAUUAGUUUUCCAAAGAAAAUUCUUUUUUAGUAAAUCUUAUUUGUACGUUUUCUGAUUAAUUUGAUCUCCUUUUAAAAGAGUAGGAAUCGGAACAUCAAUUAUAUUUAUCUAUUUUGGAAAUAAAUAUUAAUUUUUGAGCAAUAAUAUUGUAAAUAUAUUAAUGUGGAUAUUGUAGAAACAAAUAUAAAAAAAAUAUCAAUAGUAUCUAUAUAAAUAAUUUUUACAUUUAUAAAACUGGGCGUAGGACUAGAAAAACUUUCAAGAGUAUAAUAAACGAAAAAAAAUUAAAAUGUAGACCUUUGAAAUCCGUACUCUAAAUAAUACAUACUCUGUAAUAUUUAGAAUGCAUGCGUUUCAUAUAUCUUUUGCUUAAAUCAUAAUAGUCUUAUAUGAUUGGUGAUCCACCAAUAGGUAGUUUUGUAAGAAAACAAAUUUUGUAAAUUUGAAAAAGAAAAUAAAAACCAAAACCCAUGCUUCCUAAAAGCUCAUCUUGCAUGUUCCUUCUUGGUUUGAUGCUAAAUCAAUGAUAUCUCGAUAUUCAAAAAUAUUGAAAAUACUUAGAUUCUAAGUUAUAUAAUAGUUAUGUGUAUAUAAGUGACGGCUUAAACAUUUUGAAUAUCUUCGAGGUUAUAUCAUGCGGAAUGUCUUAAACCCAUACAAGAUCAAAUUUUUACGAAGAAUGGACGGAGUUGGCAAAAUUUUGCUAGGUGAGACUUCUUGGUUGAAUAUGGACGUUCCUGUAUACUGGAGCUCCGAAUGUUGUUAUACUGUAAGCACUAGCUGGUUUUGUAAACUCCUCUGAAAGUAAUAAUGUAAAUAUCUUGUAAUAUUUGUGCUGCAAUAUUAUAGUCUAGGUCCAAACGUAAGUAACCUUAUAGCGAAAGUCCAGUAAGUCUGUUUUUUGUUGAUAUGACCAGGAAUAUGAGGUAGUAAUAAUUUUUUUUAAUAAAAUUGCAGUAACAAAAUUUAACUAAAUGUGGUUUUAUGGUAUUAAAUAACAAUAUACGUUUAUGUUGAAUAUAUAGCCCUAUAAGCUCUUCUGCAACCGUAUGCCUAAACUGUUUUUCGUAUAAUGCUUCGAAUAUUUUAUUCUUCUCCGGUUGUACUCUUUUAAAGAAUUGGGUAAAUUUUUUAGUCUUUCCAAUUCCUACUUCUACCCUGUUUAUUCGUUGUUGAAUAUCAACUCAUAAUAAUCUUUGCUUAUGAUAAUAUUAUUUAUUCUACCAUGACAAUAUUACCCAGACAUUCAAAUUCAUUUAGAGCUAGAACUAGUGUCGAAUAUAUUCCUUCAAAUAUCCUGUAUAAUUCCUGUAAAGUUGAUCUAAAUAAAUAAAAAAUUGAUAAAAGUAUGUAGGAUGAAAGUCAACACAUUUUCUUCGUAUAUGCUGCUUUACGUAGUUUAUUUUGACCCAUAAACUUGUUAAAGUUAAUAUUAUUGCUCAUUUUGUAAUUGAACUGGUGUAUAAUUUAUUAUUUUGUAUAUCCUUUAUGCCUCUUCUUCUUCUAGUGCCUAUCCGUUUCGGAUGUUGGCGACCAUCAUGGCAAUCUGUACUUUGCACACUGCUAGAUUUUGAACCAGAAAAUUCUUCGCCUUCCUGGUCCCCGCUUUUCUUCUACUUUUCCCUGUAAAAUUAGUUGCACCAAUCCAUAUCUUUCGCUGUUCAUCGCUUGGUGUUGUUAAUUUCAUAUUUUUGUAUAUAUGAUAUUAGAUAAACAUCACCAGCAUAAUCAGACCCGGAGCUAGGGUUUAAGGCGUCCGGCUGCAAAACUAGCAUAGGUGCCCAUAUGUUUUUUUUUUAAUUAGAUGUUUGUAAAGUUUGUUUAGCAGUAAAUGGUUGACUUCAAUUAGUGCGGUCGUAAAUAUUAUUAAAUUUAUCUGACUUGGCCCAUUGUUAAGACCAGUUCGGACCGAUAAACAAACGAGGUAGACAGAGUUGGUCUUUUGACAAUUAACACAGACGGUACUCCUAUAAUAAAGUAAAGGAUCCACAAAAUUUACAAUAAUUACGACAACAAAAACAAAAAAAAUCGGAUGUACAAUAUAUUGCUUUGCCUUAUGUACCCGAAAUUAAUGUUUUCAAAUGAGUUUUAAAAUAAUUUAAAUCUAUUUUAAUUGCUAAGAUUAUAGAAAAACAAACAUUCAAACAUAUUUAAAUUUUACCUGAAACCGGGCCUUUUAUACUAAUAUCGGUUAACCCAGGAUGUUUAUAGUCGGUACUAUUGAAGUCAACCAUUUACUGCUAAACAAACUUUAUAAUAUUUGCAGAAAAAGGCUCAUUUUGGCGCGCCCCCGCCCAAACAGGAGGCCUGAGCAUAAUCUAAACCUUCGAAUACAUCUUGUAAUUAUUGCCUAAUUAUACCGAACAACUCAGCAAGUAGGAGCUCAUCCAUGAGACAUGAAUUUGGUGCAAUGUUUUCAAAUUUAUUUCUUUUAUUUUUAGUUUAAAUAUUGCAGUUUUGUCUAUAAAACUUCUUCCCCAUUUCUUAUUUCUUUCCAUAUUUCUUAUAUUUCUUGUGUUAUGAUGUAUAUUUAUGUUCUAAGGCUCUGAAUCUUAUCGCAUUGUUUGCUCUCUACAUUUAUAACAAAUGUAUGUCUCAGGCGUCACCACAUAUCUAACUCCUCAAAUUCCUUUAUGUUAAAGUCCACUAUUCAAUUCCAUACAGAUGAACAGAGAAGACAUAGCCACUUAAUCAGCGAGUUUCAAUGUUUAAUAAUAAUUAUUAAAAAUAGAAAAAAUUCGUUCCUGAAAAAUUUACUUUUUUGACUUAAGACCUUUUGGAAUCCACCUCUUCAAUUGUAUAUUGUGAUUUCUAAAAAUAAUUUCAGUUUCAGUUGAAAAUAUUACAUUGAGAUUAUUUCAAACAAGCUUUACCUCAUAAGAUAUGUACUUUUUUGAAGUUAAUAUAAAGUAGCGCUUAUUUGUGACUUUCCGUAAGUCUUGGCCCUAGACUAACAAGCAAAAUAUGUCCAUAUGGUUAAAAAAAAACUCGCAACUAAAAAUUACAUGUUACUUAUUUAUACUGUGCUGUUUGUGUAAAAAAUAGUGGUAUUCGCUCACCACGGACUUUUGUGAUAAGAAUAGUUAAAGUCAUGUUCUAGAAUUCAAAAUGUAUCGUUAUAUUGUUUAUGUACUGUACCUAUACUUUUAUUUUAUACAAUCGUUCAUUUUUUCUUUGGUAUAUGCUACCGUUGUACAUACAGUGUGUAUAUUACUACACAGUAAAGUUUUCAAAAUUAAGUUAAUUUAUUUUUCCUGCGAUUUUAUUAUUAAAAAAAAUAUAAGUUCUACUAAUUUA